GAAACCGGGCGAAGGAGAGGAGGAAUCUGAAAGGGGAUUGGCCAGCUGUCCGAUGGAGAGGCUUCUGAUUGGUCCAUCCCUGCUCGGGGUGGGAAAUGGGGUCAGGUGGUUCUGGGAGCCCCGUAGAAACUGGUUUUCUGCCUGGAGAAACAGGGAAAGGAUGACAGGGGUCCCUCUUGCUUUGAACUGGGGAGAGUCCCAGAGGGAGGGGCCGCCCCCCUGAGCAACAUGCGCCCCCUCCCUUUCCUGCCUGUGGGGUUCUUACAGGGGCCCCCUCCACAUCUGCCCCCCCUUCAGCCCCCUCCCAAUCUCAGGCGUGUUUCAUUCCUUGCCCGGGACACUUUCUCAUCUGUCUCUUUUCCUGGGAUGAAAAGCGGCUGCAGAAGCAGAAAAAUCCACUGGAGGGGAGGGAUCUCCUGGCUGGGACGCCCCCCCCUCCAUCCUUACCCCCCCCCCACUCGCUGAGCUGGGUGGUGUUUUUUUAGAGGGUGUCUUGACGGAGCCAUUUCUGAGCCCAAGGAACCUCCUGCCACUAGGCAGACUUUCCCCUCUUUUCCAUCCCAGCCUUUCCCUGGGAUCCAGGAGCCUCUAGGUUGGGGGAGGGGGAGAGCCAAGGUAACCCCCCCCCAUGCUCCCCCUCUCCCUCGCGGUUAGUCUGGUUAGAUGUGGGCUCCUUGGGGGAGAGUCCUUGGCAAAGAGGGAGAAGCGGGGAGGGAAAAGGGGCUGCCCCUUGAGCGCAGGCGCAGAAGCAGGAAAGAGGGGCGGGCUCGGUGCUCUGGCUUUGUAAGGGUUAAAAGGAGCAGAGGUGGAUUCCUAGAGAGGACAGGAAGUGAAGGGGGAGGGGCAAGGUUCUCCAUGGCUAAAUUCCCUCCCUCCCUCCCGCAUUCCUUCCUGCUUUCUUCUCUCCUUUGCAAAAGCUUCCUUGGUGCCAGUUCCUGGAAUCGGGGUCCAGUGUGCUUUGAAGACCUAGCUGUUCCUUUCGAAGUCAAGGAGGAGAAGUGUGGGAUCAUGGCCUCUCUGGACCCUGCAGCUUGUUUUGGCUCCUCCUCAGGAAGGACGAAAGAGACGGAUCCUGCAAAGCUAGCGAGGAUGGAAGGGGGAAGAUGGACGGUUGACCUGGUCAGGUUGCCUCCUGCAUCCCUCCCCACAACCUCUGAGCGUUCCCUCCCAGGGACCUGCGAGAGAUCUGGACCCUGCAGCUUCUUUUGGCUCCUUGACUCCUCAGGAAGGAUGAAAGAGACGGAUCCUGCAAAGCUAGUGAGGAUGGAAGGGGGAAGAUGGACGGUUGAGCUGGUCAGGUUGUCUCCUGCAUCCCUCCCCACAACCUCUGAGCGUUCCCUCCCAGGGACCCUCGAGAGAUCUGAUGGUGCUGAAUUGGAAGGGAAGAACAAGAGGGACCACAACAAAAUCCACGUAGCAGAGAAGUCAAAUAGAUAUUCAGAGUGUGGAGAGAACAUCCGUCAAAGCUCCCAGUCCACCUCCCAUCAAAGAAAGAGCUUAAUUCAGCGGGAUAGCCUCACUUCACAAAAAAGAACAAAGAGUAGGGAGAAAUUGUAUCAGUGCAGUGAAUGUGGAAAGAGCUUCAGUCAACGUCAGAAACUCACUUGGCAUCAAAGAAUUCAUACAGGGGAGAAGCCCUAUCAGUGCUUGGAAUGUGGAAAGAACUUCAGUCAGAAGGGGAAUCUCGCUUUGCAUCAAAAAAUUCAUACAGGGGAGAAACCCUAUCAGUGCUUUGAAUGUGGGAAGAGCUUCCGGGAGGGGAAUAAGCUCACUUUCCAUCAAAGAAUUCAUACAGGGGAGAAACCUUUUCAAUGCCUUCAGUGUGGAAAGAACUUCAGUCAGAAGGGGAAUCUCGCUUUGCAUCAAAAAAUUCAUACAGGGGAGAAGCCCUAUCAGUGCUUGGAAUGUGGAAAGAGCUUCAGUCGGAAGGAGAGUCUCACUUCCCAUCAAAGAGUGCAUUCUGGGAUGAAACCAUAUCUCUGCAUGAAAUGUGGAAAGACUUUCAGUUGGAAGUAUAGUCUCACUUUACAUGAAAGAAUUCAUACAGGGCAGAAACCCUAUCAGUGCUUUGAAUGUGGAAAGAGCUUCCGGAAGGGGACUAAGCUCACUUCCCAUCAAAGAAUUCAUACAGGGGAGAAACCCUAUCAGUGCUUCGAAUGUGGAAAGAGCUUCAAUCGGAAGGAUCAUCUCACUUCCCAUCAAAUAAUUCAUACAGGGGAGAAACCCUAUCAGUGCAUUGAAUGUGGAAAGAGCUUCAGUUACAGGCGAUAUCUCUCUAUACAUAGAAGAAUUCAUAGAGGGGAGAAGCCAUAUCAGUGCUUUGAAUGUGGGAAGAGCUUCAGUCAAAGCCCACAUCUCACUAUCCAUCAAAGAAUUCAUACAGGGGAGAAACCCUAUCAGUGCAUUGAAUGUGGAAAGAGCUUCAGUUAUAGGCAAGAUCUCACUAUGCAUCGAAGAAUUCAUACAGGGCAGAAACCCUAUCAGUGUGUGGCAUGUGGAAAGAGCUUCAGUCGGAAGGAUAGUCUCACUACCCAUCAAAGAAUUCAUACAGGGGAGAAACCCUAUCAGUGCUCAGAAUGUGGGAAGAGCUUCAGUCAAAGCCCACAUCUCACUUCCCAUCAAAUAAUUCAUAGAGGGGAGAAGCCAUAUCAGUGCUUGGAAUGUGGAAAGAGCUUCAGUCGGAAGGAGAGUCUCACUUCCCAUCAAAGAAUUCAUACAGGGGAGAAACCCUAUCAGUGCAUUGAAUGUGGAAAGAGCUUCAGUUACAGGCGAUAUCUCUCUAUACAUAGAAGAAUUCAUAGAGGGGAGAAACCCUAUCAGUGCUCAGAAUGUGGGAAGAGCUUCAGUCAGAAGAAUAAUCUCACUUCCCAUCAAAUAAUUCAUACAGGGGAGAAGCCAUAUCAGUGCUUUGAAUGUGGGAAGAGCUUCAGUCAGAAGAAUAAUCUCACUUCCCAUCACAGAAUUCAUACAGGGGAGAAACCCUAUCAGUGCUUGGAAUGUGGAAAGAGCUUCAGUCGGAAGGAGAGUCUCACUUCCCAUCAAAGAAUUCAUACAAAGGGAAAACCCAAAAAGAAACAUAAUGAAGCUAAAAUUAUUAAACAGCCAUUACAAAACACAAUUAUAUAGAAAAGAGAAAGGGGGGGGGAGAAUAAUAAUACCUUUUAUCACAUUUGUAUUAUAUAUAUUGUGGGGGGGUGCAUCUGGAAUUCUCUGUACAGGGCAAAGUUUAUUGGGGGGUAAUCCAUCAAGCGAUUUACCACAGGACCACUGGCGCCAGUCUGUCUGUUUACACAUCUUCCUUGUCAGCAUGAGUGAUGUUUAAGUUAAAGGUUAAUGUAUACUUACGAAUGCUUAAUAGAGAGGCUGGGGCUGAGAGAGAUCUCAGCACUUCCCUGCACACUUUCUGCAUCUACCGACUGCUGUCUCACAAUUUGUUCGCACCACUGCCGGCUGGUUUUCCGGCAAGUGGUGCCCCGUGUGAGGCUCUGUUCUACGCCUUUGUUGGAAGGACGCACGUCAUGGUCCUGCAUCGCUACUCACCCGCCCGGCAAGGGCUUCAGGCGCCUACUUCAUCUUCAGAUCCCCGGUGAGUAGCCCCUGCUACUGCAUACCCUUCUCUCCCUGCGUUGCCAUGGGCACCUCGCUUUCCGUGCCACAGAAACGUUUUCUUAAAGACUUAAAGCACCUGCUGAAUUCCAACAGUCAGCAUGUAUCAGAGGACGAUUUAAUUGCUCUCAUUAAUAUCAUCACAGAGCAUUGCCCAUGGUUCCCUGAAGAUGGAACCUGGGAACUGGAUAAAUGGGAUAAAUUAGGUGAACAUUUCCAUGGUCAUCCCAGCAUCGGGGUGCGUGUUUUAAGUACGUGGGGAAAAAUCAGAGCAUGCUUGGCCUUGGUAACACCAAAAAAUAUUUUACUGGCCGCAUCCUCCGCUGCACCAACUGUUCCGUUCAUUUAUCCAGCCUUAUCACCUCCGUCAGCACCGCCCGCACCCACGCCUGCCCCACCAACGCCUUCUGUUUAUCUGGCAUUGCCUGCGCCCAUGCCUCCUGGUCCGCCACCGGACCCACCUAAUCUAACUCCGCCAGUAAAACAGCAACUUCCUUUGCCUGCCACCCCACCCCCUCCAGCCUAUGUCUCUCAGGUUUUGCCAGCAUUUCAAAGUACCAUGCCCACCGUAACGCAGGGGGGGGAAAAAUACCACAAGGCUGCAGGAAUCUCUUAAAGCAGCAGCCCCCUUGUUGGCGUUUGAUUCCACUGAAAUGUCAGCUGCUUUUCCUGUGAUAGUGCCCGCAGGACCCGCGGGUGGGGCCCCACGGCAUGAGCAAUUUGAACUCCGCUUCAUCAAAGAAUUAUACCAGUCAGUAAGGGACAAUGGAUUGCAUUCCCUAUACACCCUCGGCCUCUUUGGCACCGUCCUCCAACCUCAUCAAAUGAUAAUUUUUAUGCAAGGUUGGACCUGGGCAUGCCAACGUAGGGUAGCUAAUAUUCAAACCACCCUCAAUAAUGCUGCCCAAGUAGCCCACGCAGCAGCCGUGGUCGCCGCCGGUGCGGGGGCAGCCCCCCCGGCACCCGUCAUGCUGACUCCAGCUGAUGUGCUUAACGGCUUAACCGGCGAAGGAAAUUUUAUGCAAAUACAACAACAAUUGGGUCUGGAUCCCUCUUAUUGGGAAGCCACCACUGCAGCUGCCCAGGAAGCCCUUGCUGCGGUCCCAGAUGACAAAAUUGAAAAAGGUGGGCGUUGGGGCAGUGUCCGUCAGGGACCUUCUGAGCCUCAUGGGGCGUUUAUUGAUCGUUUGUACAACACGCUUAAACGCCAAGUGCAAGACGUGGCGGCACAAGAAGUUAUUGUCAGGCAGCUGGCAUUUGAUAAUACCAAUGAGGAUUGCAAACAAGUGCUCCGCCCUUUGUUAUCCACACCACACGUGGCAAUUGCCGAUAUGCUUAAAGCUUGCCAGUCAGUGGGCACCGAGAGCCAUAAGGCAAAAUUGCUUGCCGCUGCCUUAACCCCAGCAGUAAAUCCAGCAGCUGGGAGAGAAUGUUUCAAUUAUGGAAAAAUGGGUGCAACAGUUAACAGAGGACCUCACCUCUGCAGGGCUUAAAAUCGCCCCGGAAAAAAUUCAACGCACUCUGCCUAUCACAUACUUUGGACACAAGGUUACGCAACAAGCAGCAUCCCCCCUGAUACCGCAGUUGCAUUUUCCAGCGGUACUCCGGCUGGUGGAUCUACAGCAGUUAUUAGGACAUCUGAAUUGGGCAAAAUCAUACAUAGACCUACCAACGUGUGUACUAUCACCCCUGUACACUGCCCUGAAAGGACAUAAGCAACCGGCGGACAUCAUACCGGUAACCCAGGACAUGGAAUCAGCCCUGGCGACGAUUAAUCACCAUUUGCAAAAAUCUAUGGUGGACCGCCUGGAUUCCACAGGACCAUUGUCAUUGGCAGUUUUUGCCACAAAAUUGCUGCCUACAGCUGUUCUCUACCGGCCUGCAGAACUUUCUCAGUCUUGCGUUUGUAUUGUUGAAUGGCUACACUUGCCCCAUACACCACCGCAAAACGUAUAUACUUCUCCAGCUGCUGUCAUGGACAUUGUUAUCAAGGGAAGACAACGAGCUGUGGCAUUGACAGGAAUGGAGGUAGAAGCUAUUUUUCUACCUUUUUCACAGGACGAGGUUCAGCAUUUGCUAUGUCCACUUGUACUCAAGUGGCAUUAGCAGACUUUGUUGGAAGGAUUUUACAUAAUCCACCUACUGACUUACGGCUUACCUUUCUUUCCUCUGUCUCCUAUUCCCUCCGUUCCCUGUGCUCCCCCACCCCCAUCCCCUCUGCUCUCACCCUCUUCACUGAUGGGACAAAGGCGAGGGGGGUGGUAGUGUGGCGGGAGGAGGGGGCGUGGAAGACAAGAUUUACAAUGGAGCAGAAAUCCGCUCAGCGUUCUGAAUUGGCUGCGGUGAUCUUGGCAUUUGAUCUUUUUCAGGAUGUGCAAUUUAAUCUGAUUGUUGAUACUCAGUAUGUCUCCAGACUUUUAACAUCCUUGCCAGUGGCAUACAUUACGCCUGCUCUCGAUGAUGAUUUGUUGCAAUUAUUUCUCUCUUUGCAGCGUCUGCUACAAGCUCGAAGGCACUCCUUUUUUGUGGCCCACCUGCGCUCUCAUUCUAACUUGCCAGGAUUUCUGGCACAUGGUAAUGCUGUAGCAGAUGCUGCUUUGCAGCAAGAGCAGGUUUUUUCUUUGUUUUCUGACCCUCUGCUGAGCCAUGCCACCUUCCAUCAAUCCGCCAAGGUUCUAGCCAAGUCUUUUCAAAUACCAAUUUCUCAGGCACGGGACAUUGUCUCGCAAUGUUCUUCUUGUUCUAAAGCCCCUACCAUGAUUCCUUUUGAUGCUGUUAAUCCCAGAGGGAUUGCCCCUCUUUCAAUCUGGCAAAUGGAUGUCACUCUCACCCCGUUGCUAGCCCCUUUUUCGAAACUUCACCUCACGGUGGACACGUCUUCGGGCUACAUCUCAACCCCUCUAAAAGGGGAGACAGCCAGACACAUAAUACAGCACACUCUGCGCUGUUUUUCGGUCAUGGGAAAGCCUAGCAGCAUCAAAACGGAUAAUGGCCCCGCGUAUAUUUCUAAGCAAUUCUCUGAUUUCUGUAAAUUGUGGAAUGUGAAAUUAACUCAUGGUAUUCCUUUUAAUUCUACAGGACAAGCAAUUGUUGAGCGAGCGCAUUCAACUUUUAAAUCUCUGCUUUUUAAACAACUAAGUGGAAAGAACGCUCCUAUUGCUGAAAUUCCUAACAUUGUGCAUCAAGUGCUUUUUACUCUAAAUCAUCUCUUGUACCCACAUAAUAAGCAGCAUACUCCAGCAGAAUUGCAUUUUAGAAAAGAGGAGGAGCUGCCUCGCCCCCUUGUGUCUUUCAGGAAACUUCCAGAUCCAGCAUGGCGUGGACCUGUACCGCUGAUUACCUGGGGACGCGGAUACGCCGCGGUGGAUAUCGAUGGGGACCCCCUGUGGGUACCAGCGCGUUGUGUACGGCCCUGGCGUUCAUCUUCUGCAGUUGCCUCGCCUUGCCUAGUGGAGACAGACCUUUCUACACUCUUUCUGGAAGACAGCGCCUGUCACCCGGUCUGAACCACCAUUGCACCUGGCGGCAUCGUGCUCUAAAUAUGGCUGCACUCCGUCAAGAUCACCUUCCAUCUAUUCGAUCUACAGGCCAUAAUCGCCCUAGGCGUGCUGCCAUUUUACAGAAGAAUCAAAGACCCGACUCUUAUCAUUCCAUAUGGAAUAAUAAUACCUAUGUACAGGAUAUUUCUCACAGCUCCCUUUCUCAAGCUCUGGGAGGAAGACCUUUCAUUGCCUACAGACAGCCACCCAAUCUUAAACAACUCCUCACCCACAAUAAUACAACCACCAGACUUAACAUGGACACUGGUACCAGAGCCUGCAAUAAACCCAGAUGCCAACUUUGCUGCCACAUACACCCGGACAACAUCAUUACUGGCCCCAACAACAUCCAACAUACCAUCUCAGGACUAUUUAAUUGUUCAUCUUCUAACAUUGUGUAUGCCAUCAAAUGCCAACGGUGCCCUUCAGCUCUCUAUAUUGGACAAACAGGCCAAACCCUACGCCAAAGGAUAAAUGGACAUAAAUCUGACAUCAGGAACCAGAAGACAGAAAAACCAGUAGGAGAACACUUCAAUCUCCCAGGACAUUCUAUACAAGAUCUCAAAGUAGCUGUCUUACUACAAAAGAAUUUCAGAAAUAGACUGGAAAGAGAAGUUGCUGAAUUACAACUUAUCAC